UUCUUAGAGCUUCGGGCGCGUUCAGUUGUCUUUCGGAAAAAAUGUCUGAUAGUUGUUUGACGUGAAUAUCUGUACCGUUUAAAUAGCAGCUGAAAAAAAUAUUUUUGAAUUAGAACUUAGUCAAAUGGAACUAAACAACUGCAAAACUCAAGUGGACUAUAGCGAAUAAACUAAUUGAGCAACUGUUGCAGAUCCGAACCUUAAGUAUCUUGUGCGAAUUUCUGCAAAAUGGACACGGUUUAUGGCACCAAGAAAUACUUUCAGAGCUUGUCCGGUGUAAGCGAUAUAUAUCGCACGCAGACAUGUCGACAAAUGAACACCUCCGAAUACAAUUACCAGAACACGCUCGGCCGUCGCUCCCAGCUGGGCGCCUAUUAUCACAUGAACAAGCAGCCCUCGUACACGAACGAUCACAGCAUCAACAGUCAAUAUGGCGGCUAUAAUACAUGGGGCAUUUGGCGGGAUGGCCGGAAUAUAGCGCCCUCCACAUUUUCAACGAAAACGCAUACGCACUAUCCAAAGAAUCGAUCGUUCUCGAUUAUAUUAACGACAGCAGCUUUCAUAGUGCUGCUGGCGGUGAUCUCCAUAGCCGGGCUGGCGUUCUACUUUAGCUCCAUCAAGGCGACACUGGAGGAUCCUAUUCUUGGCUUUGAGGGCUCCUUUCGCAUUGCCAAGGGCGAUUUGUAUUCCACGGGCCUCAAAUACAAUCACACGACGACCUACAAGCAAAAGAUCGAGUUCUAUAAGCGAUUUGUGGAGCGCGCGCUGACGGACAAUGGACUGCAGCCACUGCGCACCGAUGUCUGGGGUUUCGGCGAGGGUCCAUUGAUUAAAGUAUCUUUUCGCGUAUUUCUAGAUGUGCGCAAGCUGCCACAAAAUAUAAUCAGCGUGGAGGAGUACAUCAAAGAAUCUCUGUUCCUGGAAACCUCAGUCAGCAAGUCGCUUUAUCGCUCACUGCGUCUGGACACUGAAUCCGUGGAGAUCAAGCGUAUUCUCGAUGAGCAAGUUGUGCGCUCAGCAGCUAUAUUAAAGGAAGCGCAAACGGUGCCCACCAGCCAGACCCAAUUGGAGAAGCGUCUGAUGAAGAAGGGCAGUGCACCAGCCGUUGCGCCACUUGCCCCACUACAGGGAAAGACUACAGCUAAGCCACGUCCAGCUUCACGUCCGCAUUCAGCCGAUGAUGAGCCGGAAAUAGAUGUGGAGAAUGCACCUGUUAUACAAGGAUCGUUUGAGGGUUCCUUUGAGAUAACCAAAACGGAUGCGGAUAUUGCGCGCAAGAAGACCUCGCCAACGCGCUCCUAUCAGAGCAGCAGUCUGCCACCCAAGUCCAUAGCAGUGACGCCCUAUUCGCUGCGUGUGAAGCCGAAAAAACCGAGCGUGGAUAAGCUGACGACCAUAACGCCCCAAAAUCAAAUGAUCAGCAGCUCAACAACCACGACUACUACCAGGAAACCAACAACAACCACCACUAGAAGAACUACGACUAAAGCAACAACGCCUUCCACAACAACAACAACAACAACAACGACGACGACUACUACAACUACGACUACAACAACCACGCCUAAGCCCCCCACAACAACAUCGACCACAACGACAACAACGGCUGCUCCCCCAGCAACAACCACACCCAGCACAACGACAACAACAACCACAUUUAUGCCGCCCACUUCGACCAUGGUGCUGCCCAAACUGGAUGCGAAUCUUUUUACCACCUUCCCCAUACUAGACACUCAGCCAUGGCGACCCAUACACCGUGAGGUGCCGGAGCUGAUUCCCGGACCACCGCCUGCCUUCCCCACGAAAACGCUGCCAACGAUUAAUCAGAUGCUGCCACAGCGUCGCAUCGAUGAGUUGGAGCUGCCGUUUAUAGCGGAUAACCCGACGCCCCCAGCCGCUGCGAUACCCGCACUGGGCGUUACACUAGAUCCAUUUGUAGCUCUUUCUGGGUAUGCCAGCCGUCAGCCAGCUGAUGGCAAGUUAGAUCUGCCCAACGCUCAGAAGCCAGAGCAGGAUAUGCUAUUCUAUCAUAACUUCGGCAGUCCCGUCUAUUUGCCUGGCACGGAGAACAUUGAGCGUUUGGGUGGUGCGUUGGUUGAGCCACAUCCGCUGCCGGUGCCACUGAUCGAUGACGUCAUUGUGCCACCCUUCAGGCCAAUCAAUCCCACGCUGGGCGGUAUGAACAAGCUGCAGUUCAACAUCGAUGGCAACAAUGAGAAAUUCGAGCAUUUGGGCGGCGGAGUCAUAGCCAAGAAGCAGGAGAAUGCUAGUAACGCGGAGCCUAAGGUGGAGAGCACCACAGCCAAGUUGACUACAACAACGGUCACCAGUUCGACGACUCCAUUGAAGAUACAGUUGGAUACUGCGCCAACUCAGAAGCCUGUUGCUCCUGGCCAGAAGCCGGAAAACUCUGUGCUUGCAGAUACCAUUGGGGAAUUCUUCAUGGAGCUGCUGAAUUUGCCCAAGGAGGAGAAUGCCACAACCACAAUUGUACCAGAGCAGAUGGAGUCACGCAUUGAAGCUGAAGAUAAGGAGGGAGACUUGGACCUGCCGGCGGAGACUGCCAGUCCAACCAAGCCAAACUUUAUGAAUCUUAAGGAGUUGAUUCUACAGCGAAGCUCCACAACAACAACAACAACUACAACUUCAACCACAAGUACGACAACAACUAGCACCACAGAGGCACCAACCACCAGCACCACCAAACGCAAUCGCAUACGUCCAAAUAGCGAACGGCCCAUCAUGUUGGAUGACUCCAAUCUCUUUCCCUCCCACUCCAAGUGGGAAUUCGUUAACAGCUCCUCGCCUGUAAACUUUGGCUAUGGAGGCAACAUGCGCAAGGUGUUCAAUAAAACACUUCAAGCUUGGGUCUCUGAGGACGUGGAGAAGACGGAGAACUAUACGCUACACGAUAUCAAGACGAGGAUCAAUAAUGCCAGCAAUAUACAAGAUAUUUCAUUGAUAUUCGACACUUUGGCCUCCAAGCUGGGCAUCACGCCCAGUGUGCCCAUGAAAUUUCCGCCUUUCUCGCAGAACAAACUGAAGCACAACCAGAGGAAUGAGACGAAGGUGAAGACGACGACAACGACCACUGAAUCCAUGCCCUUGUUGGAGUCGAGUGUGAAGAGCUUCGUGGAGCUGCCGCUGCAACAGCGCGAACCUUUCAUUCGACCCAUGUCCAGCUUUAUGGACGAUGGCUCCACAGAAGUGUUGGGUGCUGCGAUUCCCGUUGUGGGUGAGGCAGAGGUGGAAGUAGUAGACCCCAUCAAGUACGAGGAGCUUUUGAAGACAUCCCAGUUUGCGGAAGCAACAUCCACGGAACCGAGUCCACAUCGCUUAGUUACCCUGCUGCCAGUACGCUCCAAUUCCGGUAUUCGGACUUACAAACCACCUAUAGAGGAAUUAGAGCAGGAUUCCAAACGUAGUCAGAGUCAAGUAGAGAUAGCCCCUGAAGCCUCCAAACCACGGUCCAAAGGCAACAGCAGUAUACGCCGCAGAACUAACCCGAAUCAGAGUCGAAGAUUUGGUCAACCGCCCGCGGAGGCGGUUGUCAAGGGUGGAAUUAAGGUCACGGUUAAAAAAUAGAAACUCACUAAAA